AUGCUAGUUCGAUUCGCUGCACUUUUUUCAUCAAGCAAAAUGUCGACGCUUGGCUACUGGAACAUUAGAGGGCUUGGCCAGCCAAUCAGAUUGCUGCUGAAUUAUGUCGGAGAAGAGUUUGAUGAUGUACAAUAUCAACAAGGAGUUGCGCCGGAUUUUAGCAGAGACGCUUGGCUGUCUGUCAAAAACACUCUCGGUCUGGCCUUUCCUAACCUACCAUAUUACAUUGAUGGUGAUACGAAGAUCACACAAAGUAACUCCAUCUUGAGGUACAUCGGGGAUAAGCAUGCCCUUUUGGGCAAAACUCCAAAGGAGAAAGUGGACUGUGACAUGAUGGUAGAGAAUGCCAUGGAUUUCAGGAAUGGAGUGGUCCGACUGUGCUACAAUAAGGAUUAUGAAAAAAUCAAGGACGACUACUUUGCCAAUGUCAAGGACAAACUGAGACAGUUCGCUGGCGAUAGUAUCACCAUCUGUGACUUCCCAAUUUACGAGUUACUGGACCAGCACAGACUGAUGAAGCCUGGGAUACUAGACGAUUACCCCAACCUGACCAAGUUUGUGGAGAGAUUCGAGAACCUCCCCAAAAUCAAGGCCUACAUGGCGUCCGAUAAAUUCAUGGCGCGACCCGUCAACAGUAAUCUGGCAAUGUUCAUGUGAUUUUUUCUCUAACACCGGCCUACCUUAAUAUCCUUAAAACUAUAAUUUUAAAAAAGCUCAUUUGUUUUCAAAGGUGGAAAAAAUAGUAUGUACAAUUAAUACAGCGGUGAUUUUUUUCUGAAACAGCAGUGCAUUUCCUUUUUUCUGUCCUUGUUUUGCGGGGGAAAUUGGUGAUGUAUUUUGAUGUACAUCUUUGUUCUGUAUGAAAUUUGUUCCUAUGCUUUAUUAAAAAAAAUCUUUGGAAACGCCGAUUGAUUGUGAUUGAAAAUAAUUUUAAAUAA